CACAAAAUAAAAAGGAGGACGUAAAAUGAAAAUGUACAAAACGCUUCCUUUUUUCCCCUUUGCAUUCUCGACCGGAAACAGAGGCUUCCCCUUAUCCCCUCUACAUCUCUCACCCCGCCGGUAGCAACGGGCACUCCAAUGGCGGUCCUGAAUUGCAUUUCGGUCACCGCGUCUGCCACACCAGUGCCCCAAGACUCCACAAACCCAGCACAGCCAGCAAUCCCCAGCCAAAGACUUCCGACCAAGGUCAUCCUCCCCAAAAAGAAGCCGGAGAAAUGGUCGACGGGGGUAGCUCCGGGGGAUUACGGCGGUCCACCCACCACGACGAAGCUUCGCAAGUACUGGGGAGGGGAAGGCGAAGACCCUUUAACCUCCGACGAGUUCAUUUGGAACAAGGACUUCAUGGGCCGGAUGAAGCGAUUGAUUCAGGACACUGGCGAUGAUGAUGCUUCUCUUCGGUCCAAGGCUCCAGUUGAGGUUCAAUGUUUGCUAAGUUGUUCGUUCUAAUUGGUUAUCGCGGUGUAGUUUGUUUGUCUUUGAACUCGUUAUUGUUCUAGAUAUUUAAUUGAAUGGGUACCAUUGCCGCACGGCCAGCUACCCAAUCUAAUAAAAUCUGGUUCUUUGGCUAGGAUUUCAAUUUUUUUGGCUACUUUGUUGAGUCUGAAUUCUAAUGAUGCUAGUAUGUAUUUGGUGGUGUAAUGAACAGGAACAAUCAUCUGGGUUUCUAAGCUUCAAUAGAGUGAUGAAUUUGAACAGCAUGGAAGUUGAUCUGAGCAAAGAGCUGGCAACACCUUCCAAGCCCAUUGUAGAACGGCCAACUGAGACUGUAAAGAAAGCUACAAAAGGCACGUCGCCAAAAUGGAGAUUGGCACCAACACGCCGUGAACAGGAAAAGUGGGAUAGAGCAGCUAAGGCUACAACUGAGGGCACCGAAGUCAUGCUUCGUGAGGUCAGGAAGCCUCGAGGGGAUCCAGAAGUGUUGGCUGCAGAAUACAGGGCGCAGUACUUCAAGCUGAAGGAGAAGUUGCAACUUCUUACUUUGGGUAUAGGUGGUGUUGGGUUGGUUUCUGCUUAUGUCUCUUAUUCCACGGAAAUCGCAGCUAGCUUCGGUGUCGGAUUGAUGGGAUCAUUUAUUUACAUGCGCAUGCUGGGGAACAGUGUGGACUCCAUGGCAGAUGGGGCGAAGGGAUUCGUAAAGGGAGCAGCAGCGCAGCCUAGGUUGCUUGUUCCAGCUGCUUUGGUCAUGAUCUACAACCGCUGGAAUUUUAUUGUCGUCCCACAAUACGGAUAUAUGCACUUACAACUGAUACCGAUGCUGGUAGGAUUCUUCACGUAUAAGAUCGCGACUUUUGUUCAAGCUAUAGAGGAAGCACUCAAAGUACCCGACAGGCCUGAGUCAGAAGCUUGAGAGAUGGCACUCUUCAUUGGUAGGUUCGACAGUCAUAGACUUACAUCAGAUGAAUGUUCCGAAGAGCCAUCUUUUGCCUUCUCCUCCAUACCACUGCCUGCUUUCUCUUCUCGACGCAUACCUCCCCUGUACAAUCCCUCUUGUGUGCAGAUUUAGCUGAAGCUCACUAGGAGACAGCUCUAUGAACGAACGAGCUGCGUCACCUGAUAAGCGUGUAUCCUUGGGGAGAUCCCUGCAGAUUUAGCUGUAUGACCAUGAUAGUCAGUAUUGAAGUUGAUGUGAAUAGUUACCCUUGAUGUGCAAGUAAAAACGGGCCUCGUUUAUUUGUACAUGUCCUACUGUUUCACUAUAUGGUAAGCU